GUAAGAAAUACAACCAAAGAAAAUCUCUUUCUUUCUCUCUCUCUCUCUAUAUUUCUAUAUGUGUUCUCUCUCUCUCUCUUUUUCUUGCUUUCUUAAGUUUCUCUCUCUCUCUACGUCGGAGGUGAUUGUGUCGGAUUCCUCCCAUCUGCGCCAGAAACAUCACUGUUUUCUUCUCUCUCUCUCUAAGCACAUGAUCUCUCUACAGUGACGAUUAAAAGACUGUUUCUUUCUUUUUACUAUCUUUUUAGUUGAAGGGAGAGAGAGAGAGAGGGGGUUAUAGUGAGUGAGUGAGUGAUGGCUGAGGGAUUUGAGCCAUAUCAUGUCCCACAACAAAGCCGAAGAGAUAAGCUGAGAGUCCUGGUUCAGAGCCACCCAGAGUGCGUGGAUAAUAAUAAUCUCCAUGGCUGCGCAGGUUUGGCCCCUCUUUAUGAUCCACCUGUCAUCCCUUCAGAUUUGCUAACCUGCGCCACCCUCCACCACCACCACAACCCACUUCUCUCUGAUCAUCACAAACACACCGGUAAAGGUGCGAGCUUGAUGAUGGGGGGCAGUAACACUACCACCCCCACUAAUUUCUCCACUCCCACUUUGUAUAUGGAUCCGCAAUCUUCUGUUCCUCUCCACUUAAAUCAAGAAAUUACCAGAAACCCGUUUCUCUACGCCUCCCCACAGAGCCUUAGGUUUCAUGAUAAUUCUUUCCAUGGUGGUGGUGGGGAGGUUACUGUGGUGUACAAACCGGAGCCUUUGUCAGUGGCUCACGAGACUACUAAUAUUAAUAAUGUGAGGGGUCAAGGUUUAUCUCUGACUUUGUCCUCCCAUCACACUCACCAACACCAAAGCGCCAGUAGUCUUCCUCUGGAGCUCAAUCUGCAAAGAUAUGACGCCUCAAUGACCUCUGGGCUUCUGGUUUCUAGCAUUCAUGGUGGUGAUAGUAACUGCUCCACUUACAAUCAUGAUGGUGACCUCUCACGGAGCUGUUCAGUGCCUGGGCCCUUCACAGGCUAUGCUUCAAUCUUGAAGGGUUCCAGAUUCUUGAAACCUGCUCAGCAGUUGUUGGAGGAGGUUUGUGAUGUGGUCAGGGGUGUUUAUGCUGAGAAACUGGAAGCUGAUUCAGCUUUGAUGGACCCUUCCAUGGAAACUCUGAGUGGGAGCUCUCUGGUUGAUGAUUCACCAAAUUGUAAUGAUGGAGGUGAGCACAGGAGGAAGAAAUCCAGGUUAAUUUCAAUGCUAGAUGAGGUUUACAGGAGGUAUAAGCAGUACUACCAACAGCUGCAAGCAGUUGUUGCGUCAUUUGAAUCCGUUGCUGGACUAAACAAUGCAGCGCCCUUCGCAAACAUAGCACUGAAAGCCAUGUCGAAGCACUUCAGAUGCUUGAAAGACGCCAUAACUGAGCAGCUGCAGUUUACAGGCAAGUCUCAAGGCCAUAUGAGUUUCGAGGGAGAAGCCUCUCCAAGCGCUGAAAACCUGGGGAAAGGACUUUAUUUCCAAAGCACAGCUAUUCAUAAUGCUGGGAUAAUGGAACAUCAACCUGUCUGGCGUCCCCAACGGGGGUUACCAGAACGUGCUGUCACCGUGCUCAGGGCAUGGUUGUUCGAUCACUUCCUCCACCCUUAUCCCACAGACACAGACAAGCUAAUGUUGGCUAAACAGACAGGUCUGUCUAGAAAUCAGGUGUCUAACUGGUUCAUCAAUGCAAGGGUUAGGCUAUGGAAGCCUAUGGUGGAAGAGAUUCACAAUCUGGAAACGCGGCAAGCGCAGAAGAAUUCACAACCCAAAGAACAGAAUAACAACAAUCCAAGCGAGCAUUUAAGCAUGAGAAAUUCCGUGGCCUGCGAAGAUGCAUCUGCAUCGAUGCACCAAAUUCAAGAACUUCCGACAAAGCGAACACGAAACGAGGCCGAGAAUUCAAUGGGAAGCGAUGAGGCGAUGGAUUUAUCAUACGGCAAUUUAUCGCACCACUCUCGCCUGGGAAUCGGCGGCGCCGCCGCCGCCGGAAGCAGCAGCGUCUCCUUAACCCUAGGCCUUCACCAAAACAACGAGCUCGGUUUGUCGGAUUCUUUUCCGGUGAACGCCGCCCAGCGAUUCGGGCUGGACGCGAGCAGCGAAGGAUUUGUACUGUCUGGGUUCGAACCGCAAAACACGCAAUUCGGAAGAGACAUCAUCGGAGGAUAAUAGCCGUGUUUUGCUUCAGUUGGUCGGCCAUGAAUUUGGUAUAGAAACUUAGAUUAGGCUUCAAUUUCAUAUUUUAUGAUGAUCAAGCAUAUUAUGACUGGCCUUUCUGAGAUUGCAGCUUUCUGAUAACAAAAAAAAAAAAGGUAUGUUAAUUCUCCUGGGAUGAAUAACAUCCGAAAUGAUUGCUUGCUUCUAUUCAAUGAUGUAUCUUUGCAGCAAUGAAUAUAUAAUUGCUCAAAUUUUUGCCCAGACAAGGUCUGUAAUCCUAGGCGAAGUGUCCAAAAGAGUGGGUUGAAAUUAUGAACUCUUAAAAGCUUUUUAAGUGUAUGUUUGCUCUUAUUGUAGCCUGUAGGGAAUGGGAUUUUGCAAAUAAUGAAAUUUUGUGCAUGCUCUCA